AUGGACCUCGCUCUCCUCAAAAUACGGCACGGCCCGUCCUACGCGACCCCCGAGGGCGUGGCAGCCGACAAGCUGGUGGACGUUCUGGCCGCCAGCGGCCGCCGCGCCCGCAGCUGCCUGGUCGACAGGCAGGACGCCCUGGCGCGCCACGCGACGGGCGCCGCUGACGCCGUCCUCGCGACCAGCGACGCGCAGGCCGCGGCGCUCGCCGCGCGCCACGCGGCGUCGGGGCGCUUCGGCUUCGUGUGGUGCCAGCUGCGGGAGCUGGACCACUUCUACUUCGGACGCUCGAAGCACGCGCGGCGCGCGCAGCAGCUGCAGCAGCGCCGCGCGCUGCGUGAGGGGGGCGCUGGGGCCGGCGGCGGCGAGGGGGCCGCGGCGGCGGCGGAAGAGGAGGAGGCGGAGCUGCGGAGAGAGGCGGCGGAGGUCGAGGCCGAGGCGGCGCAGUUCUCCCCCGCCGCGCUGCGGCAGCAGCUGCAGCGGCUGGACGGCGCGGUGGGCGCCCUGCUGGCGGGCCUGCCGCCCAACGCGCUGCUGGUGGUGGCGACGGGGCAGGGGGACAUGGCCGAGUGCCGGCGGCAGCAGGAGAUCAAGAUCCGGCGGCAGCAGCGGCUGGACGGGCUGCCCCCGUGGAGCGCGGCGGACGAGCGGGCGCACGGGGACGCCCUGGAGCGGGAGAUGACGGGGCUCUGCUUCUGCGCGUACAUCGAGGAGCUGUGGCGCAGGAAGCAGAGCGAUGUGCUCCGCUUCCUGCUGCGCGUCCGGUGCUGGGAGUUCAGGCAGCUGCCCGGCAUCGUGCGCCUGAACAGGCCGUCGAGGCCGGACAAGGCCCGCCGCAUGGGCUUCAAGGCCAAGCAGGGGUACGUCGUCUACCGCGUGCGCGUGCGCCGCGGCGGCCGCAAGAGGCCCGUGAGCAAGCGGUCGAGCAGCGCAGAGGUGGCGGUGAUCAGCGCGGCAUCGGCAGCGGGUAUCGUGUACGGCAAGCCCGUGAACCAGGGUAUCACGCAGCUCAAGGCCAGCCGCAACCUGCGCAACGUGGCGGAGGAGCGGGCGGGCCGCAGGCUGGGCGGCCUGCGCGUGCUCAACAGCUACUGGGUCAACGAGCUGCGGGCUGCAUGGGGUGCCAGCGGCGGUCCAAUCGGCGUCGAUGCUGUGGCGACGGCGGCGGCUACCGCUGCGUGGUCGCCGCCGCUGCUGCUGCUGCUGCUGCUGCUGCUGCCGCUGCCGCCGCUGCUGCUGCUGCCGCUGCCGCCGCUGCUGCUGCCGUUGCUGCCGCCGCUGCGCUCAGGGCCGGCGGCUCUGUGGUUUGACUCUGCCUACAAGUACUUUGAGGUCAUCCUGGUGGACCCCAACCACAACGCCAUCCGCAACCGCCGCGAGCUGCGUGGCCUGACCUCUGCUGGCAAGAAGUACCGCGGCCUGCACGGCAAGGGCAGCCGCUACAACAAGAACGCACCCUCCAAGCGCGCCACCUGGCUCAAGCACAACAGCCCCAGCCUGCGGCGCUACCGCUAG